AUGCCAUCAGCUACUGUUACUCUUGCUUUGAGUUCAGCGAUUGAUGAGCAUGCUUUGCUUGCUUUGAAGGAAAAGCUUACAAAUGGUGUACAAGAUUCUUUGCCAUCAUGGAAUGAGUCUCUACAUUUCUGUGAAUGGCAGGGAGUUGAAUGCGGUCGUCGACACAUGAGAGUUUCUGUCUUGCAUUUGGAAAAUCAAAACUUGGGUGGUACUCUUGGACCAUCCUUGGGAAAUCUAACAUUUCUUCGAAUGCUCAACCUUUCAAAUGUCAACUUGCAUGGUGAAAUUCCAAAACAAGUUGGUCGUUUGAAGCGAUUGCAAGUUCUUGACUUAAGAUUUAACCAUCUUCUUGGAGAGAUUCCCAUAGAGCUCGCUAACUGCACAAAUAUCAAGAUAUUAAGCUUUUCUAGUAACAAAUUGAGUGGUGAUAUUCCCAAUCAAACAUUUGGCUAUCUAGAUGGUUUAAUAUAUAUUGACUUAGCCAAUAAUUCCUUGACCGGUCCCAUUCCUUCAGAGUUUGGUAACUUGAAGCAUCUUUCAGCGUUGUAUCUAAACUUGAAUAAAUUGUCAGGUGAAAUUCCUAAAUAUUUAGCCUCUUGCCUAGAUUUGACAGAACUAUGGCUGGGUAUAAACUUCUUCUACGGAGCUAUACCUUUGUUCUUGGGCUCGUCAUUAAGGUCCCUCGAAGUCUUAGACCUUUCUGUCAAUAAUUUCUCAAGCAUAAUCCCCAUUGAACUAGAAAACCUAACAUUUUUGAAUAAUUUGAACUUGUCUUUUAACAAUCUCUAUGGUGAGGUUCCCACAAGAGGUGUCUUUGGCAAUGUCUCAGCAAUUUCACUAACUGGAAACAAGAACCUUUGUGGAGGAAUACCUCGAUUGGAACUUCCUCCAUUCCUUAAGAAAUCCAAAAAGGUUACCUCUUCUUCACCAUUUUUGAUAAAUGGGAGCUUGAGGGUUACUUAUGGAUUUUCUUCAUCCAAUUUGGUAGGUAGAGGAGGAUUUGGUUCUGUUUACAAAGGAUCUCUUCUCUACUUUGAAAGACCUAUUGUUGUAAAGGUGUUGAAUCUUGAAACACCUGGAGCAGUAAAGAGUUUCGUGGUGGAAUGCAAAGCUCUGGGAAACAUGAAGCACCGGAAUCUUGUUAAGAUCCUAACUUGUUGUUCAAGUGUUGAUUAUAAAGGUGAAGAUUUCAAGGCUAUUGUUUUUGAGUUCAUGCCUAAUGGGAGUUUGGAAAACCUUUUGCAUGGUAAUAAAGAACACGAGUCUAGAAAUCUGAAUCUCAAUUUCACACAAAGGUUAGACAUUGUUCUCAACGUAGCUCAUGCAUUGGAUUAUCUUCACAUUGAUGCAGAGCAAGUGGUGGUUCAUAGUGGCGUUAAACCAAGCAAUGUUCUUCUCGAUGAUGACAAUGUAGCUCACUUAGGAGACUUUGGCUUAGCUAGGCUAAUUCGUGGAGCUACAGAACAUUCAAGUAAAGAUCAAGUUAUUUCCUCUACAAUUAAGGGAACUAUAGGAUAUGUUCCUCCCGGUAAAGUUCUUUUUAUCACUUAUUUAUUUCUGUCCUUCAAAAUGUUUUAUAUACUUAUGCCUUACCUUUACAUAUCUUACUAA